AUGGUCUCGGCAGCCAUCGGUCUGGCCUUCCUGCCCCUCCUGCUCACGCUGCUCAUCCGGUACCGGUAUUACUUCGUACUGUUCUACCGGGCCGUGCUGUUGCGCUGGGUGCAGGACCUCGUAACGGGCAUCAGCAGAGAGGAGCGAGUGUACCAGUACGUCUUGACGCAUGCCAUUCCGGGCGACCCUGACAGUAUCCUCGACACCUUUGACGACUGGUGCACCAAAGUGGAGUUUAUUAGCCACAUAGGUCCGAAAAAAGGGAUGAUCCUGGACCGGCUGCUGAAGGAGCACCAGCCUCUGACGGUGCUGGAGCUGGGCACGCACUGCGGCUACAGCGCCGUGCGCAUCGCCCGAUCCCUGCCGCUCGGAGCGCGCCUCUACUCCGUGGAGAUGGAUCAGCGAAACGCGGAGGUGGCUGAGAAGAUCGUGCGCUUGGCAGGGUUCGACGACGACACGGUGGAGCUGAUCGUGCGCCCCUCGGACGAGGUGAUCCCGUGCCUGCGCGAGAACUACGGCGUCGAGCGUCUCGACUUCGUCUUCAUGGACCACUGGAAACGGUGCUACCUGCCCGACCUGCAGAUGCUGGAGGGUAGCGGGCUCCUCGGCGAGGGCUCCGUCAUCCUCGCCGACAACGUCAUUUUCCCCGGGGCGCCGAACUUCCUGCGGCACAUCCGCCGCUCGGGCCUGUACGAGCACCGGGUGCACCGCGCCAUGCUCGAGUACAUCAGCGGCAUCAGAGAUGGCAUGGCCGAGCUCAUCUACCGCGGGGCCAAGUGAGAUUGGGAAGGGCUCGCUGGUUCUGUUUCCAAAAGGCUGUAAUGGUCGUGAGCCCUUUUUGAAAACCUUGCCUGUUU